UCCGGUCUUCCCGGCGGCAACUCGGCUUUUACAUUUCUGCCCUUUUCUCUCUCCGUCCCGGCGGCGUUGCCGUUGCUCUGCGCCGCUCUCCUGUCUCCCCACCAGUAGCCGCUGCGAGAGUAGAGUAGCAGACCCCGCCGCCGCGGCCAUGUUCUCCUGGAUCCUCCGCGGCUGCCGCGACGAGUGCUCCGCCUCCGAUCAGCUCAAGCAGGUCUACCUCCUGCCCCCGGAAUCUGUUUUCCCCCAUCGAAUUCGAAAGAGUCAGGACAGGAAGGCUCGUGAUGUCUUCAUGGCAAAAGAGGCAGUCUUGCAAAAGAAGAUUUCUCAAGAGAUGGAAAGGGCCAAGGAGUUCACAAAGUCAGGAAACAAACAAGCAGCAAUGCAGUGCUUGAAGAGGAAAAAGUACUAUGAGAGCCAAAUGAGCCAGGUUGGAAGUGUCCAGUUACGCAUUAAUACCAAGGAGAAAAUGAUCGCUGAUCACAUGGGAAACAAAUAACACAAAGUGAGAUCGCGGCUCUUGAACUAAUGUCUCAACUCACCUUUGUUUUGUUCAGAUACGUAGUCUUCAAAUCUUGUGAAAAGUCAAUUGUUGCUGUUCUCUGCCACACUGACACCAAGCUUAACAUUAAUGUGCCCUUAACAUAAGAUGGUACAUUUCAGAAAAGACUUCUCUAUUUCGUAGCAAAGCAAGACUUACUUAUUUGAUAGAUGAUGCUGUUGGAUUUGCAUGUUUUUGAAUCCAAAUUAGUGGCCCAUAUCAUGCGUGCAGUGUUCAUGCUGUGAACCCCAAUUUCCUCCUUUUCAUCUAGAUUAACUGUACCAUUUGAUGGUUUAGCUUCUUUGCACUCUCUAUACAGCAAGGUUGCGAAUAUGGUGUUUUCUUCGCUUGAGAUGAAGGGUGUAUAUUCCUCUCUUUGCAGACACUCCUGGGCAGCAAGAGAACUUCCAUGACUAGCACAAGUUAAAUUAUGUAAGAAUCAUUAUAUGAUUAUUAAUAGGAGUUGCCAACUUGGACACUUGUACUAUUUCUAUCUAUAAGCACCAAAACCCUGCAUGUGAAUAUCCCACCUGAGUGGAUCUAUUUCA